UCUUCCUUCCAAUCUGUCUCCCCAGGGGACCCUCACCGCCCUCUCUAGGGCCUCAGCCCGUCCCCCUCCCCCACAAACCCUGCACCCUCUGCGGAUUGGUCCCUGCUCUGCUGGGGGGCGGGCCCGAGGGCCCUGACGUCACGGGCCGAGGGGGGCGGGCGGCUGGGGGAGGGGUGACGGGCCCCGGCUCAGCACCUCGGAGAGCUCCCUCCCCGGCCUUGUUUUGCUCCCGAAUCGCCGCCUGGGGAGGGAGCGAGGGGGCCGGACACCAGGAACAGAGGCAGGGGCAUGGCCGUGGUGAAGAUGAGGGGCCCCGGCGGGCAGAAGGCCCAGUCGUGAUCCGGCAAGGGGUCCCGGGCGCCGGGCCGGGUUGGGGGCAGCGGGCGGCGGCACAAGUGGCUGCACAUCUGGAUGGAAGCGAGCUUUGUCCAGACCACCAUGGCUCUGGGGCUGUCCUCCAAGAAAGCGUCUUCCCGCAAUGUGGCCGUGGAGCGUAGGAACCUGAUCACCGUGUGCAGGUUCUCAGUGAAAACACUGCUGGAGAAAUACACAGCGGAGCCCAUCGAUGACUCAUCUGAAGAGUUUGUUAAUUUUGCAGCCAUUUUAGAGCAGAUCCUCAGCCACCGUUUCAAAGCCUGUGCCCAAGCAGGUCCAGUGAGCUGGUUCAGCUCAGAUGGGCAGCGGGGAUUCUGGGACUAUAUCCGGCUGGCCUGCAGCAAAGUGCCCAACAACUGUGUGAGCAGCAUUGAAAAUAUGGAGAACAUCAGCACAGCCCGAGCCAAGGGCCGGGCAUGGAUCCGGGUGGCACUGAUGGAGAAACGCAUGUCAGAAUACAUCACCACGGCUCUGCGGGACACCCGGACCACCAGAAGGUUCUAUGACUCUGGAGCCAUCAUGCUGCGGGAGGAAGCAACCGUCCUCACUGGGAUGCUGAUCGGACUGAGUGCCAUCGACUUCAGCUUCUGUCUGAAGGGCGAAGUCCUGGACGGGAAGACCCCUGUGGUCAUCGAUUAUACGCCCUAUCUAAAGUUCACCCAGAGCUACGACUACCUGACCGACGAGGAGGAGCGGCACAGCGCUGAGAGCAGCACCAGCGAGGACAACUCGCCCGAGCACCCGUACCUGCCGCUCGUCACCGACGAGGACAGCUGGUACAGCAAGUGGCACAAAAUGGAGCAGAAGUUCCGCAUCGUCUAUGCGCAGAAGGGCUACCUGGAGGAACUGGUGCGUCUGCGCGAGUCGCAGCUGAAGGACCUGGAGGCGGAGAAUCGGCGGCUGCAGCUGCAGCUAGAGGAGGCGGCCGCGCAGAACCAGCGCGAGAAGCGGGAGCUGGAAGGCGUGAUCCUGGAACUGCAGGAGCAGCUGACAGGUCUGAUCCCUGGAGACCACGCCCCUCUGGCCCAGGGUUCCAAGGAACUCACCACGCCCCUGGUCAACCAAUGGCCUUCGCUGGGAACGCUCAAUGGGGCUGAGGGUGCCAGCAAUCCCAAGCUCUACCGGAGACACAGCUUCAUGAGCACAGAGCCGCUGUCAGCUGAAGCUAGUCUGAGCUCGGACUCCCAGCGUCUGGGAGAGGGCAAGCGUGAUGAAGAGCCCUGGGGCCCCAUUGGAAGCUCAGAACCAAAUUAGUGGCUCCCUUCGAGUGAAUUCCCAGGACUUCAAUGCAUGCAUUUUGUGUUGACCUCACCCCUGGCUUCAUGUUGGUUUUUCCCAUCCUAGUUUUUCCCUGUGCCUGGAUUUCCUGUCUUCUUUUUUAUAACCAACCACACUGUAUUGGAUGACCCUAGAUUUUCUUUAAGACAAGGCAGGCUGUGGACAUGUAACCCUGUCACACUGUGUGAUUGUCUGUGUGUCUGUCUCCCCACCAGACUGUGAGCUCCAUGAGGGCAGGGACUGUGUCUCGUCCAUUCUCUGUAUCCCCAGUGCUUGGAACAGAGCAAAUGCUCAGUGCGUUUAAUAAAUGGACAAAGAGAGGGAUGAACCUCA